ACCGCCCUGCCUCUCCCCCAGCCCAGCCCAGAAAGGACCCAAUCCUGUGAUUGGUCCAUGGGUUCCCGUUGCCGGGAACUGAGGUCAAGAAAAUGGGAAGGAAGGAAGGGAGUGGGUAGGUCCCGUGAGGACGAGGGUGAAAUUUUUAUCUCUGCCCAGGUCUGGGUGUUUGCACCGCCAUGGACACAACCAGGUACAGCAACUGGGGCGGCAGCUCCGAGGAGGUCCCUGGAGGGCACUGGAGACUCUGGGAGCACUGGAGCCGGAGACCCCUCUUCCUGGCCCUGACUGUCCUCGUCGCCAUAGUCCUGUGGGCGAUUCUGAGCAUCCUAUUGUCCAAGGCCUCCACGGAGCGCGCUGCGCGGCUCUGGGGCCCGGACGCGCUGAGGACAAACGCCUCCCAGCAGACGACGGUGCUGAGUGCCCUGAAGGAGGAGGUCGGAGCUUGCCACAGCUGCUGCUCGGGGACACAGGCGAAGCUGCAGACCACGCGCGCCGAGCCUGGGGAGGCGCAGGCGAAGCUGAUGGAGCAGGAGAGCGCCCUGCGGGAACUGCGUGAGCGCGUGACCCAGGGCUUGGCCAAAGCCGGCAGGGACCGCGAGAACGUCCGCACUGAGCUGUUCCGGGCCCUGGAGGCCGUGAGGUUCCAGAACAGCUCCUGCGAGCCAUGCCCCCAGUCGUGGCUGCCCUUCGAGGGGUCCUGCUGCUUUUUCUCUGUGCCAAAGACCACCUGGGCGGCGGCGCUGAGUCACUGCGCGCAUGCCAGCGCGCACCUGGUGUUCGUUGGGGACCUGGAUGAGCAGGAGCGCAGGGGGAGGGGGCGUGGCCAGGGCUUUCUGACUUGGAACACGCGUGGCCGCCGUUACUGGCUGGGCCUGAGGGCUGUGCUCCAGCUGGACAAGGUUCAGGGCUACCAGAGGGUAGACGGAGGAGUCUCACUCACCUUCAGCCACUGGAAUCGGGGAGAGCCCAGUGACUGUGGACGGAGCGAGGACUGUGUCAUGAUGCUGCCCACAGGGCUGUGGAACGACGCACCAUGUGGCAGCAAGCUCGGCUGGAUCUGUGAGAAAAGGCGCAGCUGCUGA